GGCUGCGACUGUGCGGUGCUGCACUACGGGCAUGCGGGGGCGCCAAAUGAGCGCCUCAUUCGAGAUGGUGAUAUGUGCCUCUUCGACAUGGGCGGUGAGUACUACUGCUACUGUUCAGACAUCACCUGCUCCUACCCCGUCAACGGCAAGUUCACUGCUGACCAGCGGCUAAUCUAUGAGGCCGUGCUAUCCGCUGUCAAAGCUGUCCUUGCGUGCCUUCGUCCGGGUGUUCAAUGGCCGGCUAUGCAUUGUCUGGCCGAACGAAAGAUCCUCGAGGCCUUGGUCGCUGGCGGUCUCCUCCGCGGUGACGUUUCGGCGAUGUUGGAGGCGCACCUGGGCGCCAUUUUCAUGCCGCACGGUCUGGGUCACCUGAUGGGCUGCGAUGUUCAUGACGUAGCCGGAUACACCAAGAAUACUCCCGCUCGACCCACCCAUCCGGGUCUCCGGAACCUCCGGACUUCUCGUGACUUGCAAGCCAAUAUCGUCCUGACAGUGGAACCUGGCUGUUAUUUUAUUCCUCUUCUGCUCGCUGAGGCCGCAGCCUCCCCGGUGCAGAGUCAGUUUCUGGUGAUGGAAGAGCUCCAGCGAUUCCAAAAAUUUGGUGGUGUCAGAAUUGAGGAGGACGUCUUGAUAACAGAGACGGGCUGUGAAGUGCUCUCGGACGUGCCUCGUACGGUGGCAGAGAUUGAAAGUUGGAUGGCCGCUGAGAGCACGGAGUAUGAUCGGGUGCUUUAG